AUGUCCGCAAUCACAUCGACUCACACUUAUGACAAGAUCGCCGCGCCGGAUGCAAAGAGCGGCCCUCAAUGGAACGUCUUACGUUGGCAGGAUCCCGUCUCCGCUCAAGGCUUCACCCUCGAUAUGGUCUCUUACUAUGUACCUCCUUCACUGGUAGCGAGAGUCCAUCUCUGGGCGAAGCAACGCUUGAACGAAUUGAACUGCUUGAAUACAGAUUCCACGCCUCUCGACCUUCAUCCUUCGUCAACAAGGAUGGUCUCGACUCGCGAGCCUGAAUGGAUUGGAAACGCUUGGUGCUACGAGAGCCUCAAGGUCCAAUUAUGCUUCAUUUUGGAGAAGAGGACUGGAGCUGCUACUGCAAGAAUAUGGUCAUGGGAGGGCCCACUGGACGAUAGAAGCCCGAACCUUCGUCACAAAGGGCUGAUUGUUUACAGCGUGGUGCCUUGGCAGGAGAACUGUGCGCAUCCAGAUCGCCUAGACACUUUCCCAUAA